AUGAAUUCUUCGGAGGAUCCAUUACAUCGAAAUGGAAUUGCACCUAUCAAGCCAGAAUACAUUAUUAAAAAAGAAAAUAUAAGGAGAAAUAUCGUCACAGAAGCUACUUCUGAAGAUACACAGGAUGAUACAUCCAAGAAGGGUCGAAUUACAAGAACACGUGAAUCAAAUAAACGAUAUAAGGAGCGUACAGUAAAGACUUUUACUGAAGUCAAACGCUUAUGUCAUAAAACUGCAGUUGGAGAGGAUUGCGAUUUUGAUCAGUGUAAAUACGAUCAUGAUUUGAACGCGUUUUUGGAGAUUAAGGAAGAAAAUUUAGGAGAUCGAUGUCUUGCUUCAUUAGGAAUAGUCGAAGAAAAAAAUGGUCUAACAUAUGAAAUGCAAAGGCUUCUCAGGAAAAAUUUGUAUAGUUUUCCAAAAUCUGAUGUGUAUAUUACGGAAAUUCAAGAAGAGAUUUCGAAGCAAUUGAAAAUUCAGGAACAAAACAAAUUAGCUAAAUUGCAAGUUACAGGUUCUGUUAUCGAUAAAGGCGAUCAAAUUGUCAUCUCACAAAGUCAAAAUGUAACUGAUACAUCUUCAGUGGAAGAAAAUAUUCAUUGUUCGACAACGGAACUCAUUGAUAAAAAUUUGGGGCAAGCACUUAAAGAUUAUAAAGGAAUUUUCGAAACAAAAUCAGAUGAUAUCACUUUAACCAAUGACUUUGGAGAAUCAAGUGAUACUCCUGAUGUACCACUUCGUGCCUGUGAAAAGAAAAAGAUAUCAUUCAAAAACAAGUUAUAUCUUGCACCAUUGACUACAGUCGGUAAUCUUCCUUUUCGUCGCAUAUGUAAAGAAUUUGGUGCUGAUAUUACAUGCGGUGAAAUGGCAAUUGCCACAAAUUUGCUUCAGGGGCAACAAAGCGAGUGGGCAUUAUUGAAAAGACAUGUUAGUGAAGAUAUGUUUGGUGUUCAAAUUUGUGGAUGCAAGGCACAACAUAUGGUGAAAUGUGCCGAGAUAUUGUCUAAUGAGAUUGAGGUUGAUUUUAUUGAUGUCAAUUUGGGAUGUCCAAUAGACUUGGUUUAUAAUAAGGGAGGAGGGACUGCACUUUUGCGGCACGAUGGAAAAUUAGGAAAGAUUCUUCGGGGCAUGAACAAAGUUACGGAUAUACCAAUUACUGUAAAACUGCGCACAGGUAUUCAGGAUGAUAUACCAGUUGCACAUAAACUUGUGCCAAAAUUCGAAAAAUGGGGCGUGUCGAUGGCUACGUUACAUGGCCGUUCACGCCAACAACGAUAUACUAAACUCGCUGAUUGGCAAUACAUUUCUAAAGUCUCAUAUACCGUAAAUGAGAUGCCAUUAUUGGGCAAUGGAGAUGUUCUCGGAUAUACAGAUUACUAUGAACAUAUAGAAAAGCAUCGCAUUGAUGGUAUCAUGAUCGCACGUGGUGCUCUGAUUAAACCUUGGAUAUUUGAUGAAAUCAAAUCAAAGAGGCAUUACGAUAUUUCAUCUGGUGAAAGAUUAGAUAUUUUGAGAAAGUAUUGUAAUUAUGGAAUGGAGCAUUGGGGAUCCGAUUCUAUAGGUAUUAAUCAGACUCGAAGAUUUUUUUGCGAAUGGAUGAGUUUCCUAUAUAGAUAUAUUCCCGUCGGAUUGCUUGAGGUCUUACCACAACGUAUAAAUGAGCGCCCUCCAUCGUUCCGUGGGAGGGAUGAGCUAGAAACUCUGUUGGCUAGUGAAAAUAGUAACGAUUGGGUAAAACUAAGUGAGAUGUUUUUAGGUCCAGCACAUGAGAGUUUUAAAUUUGUACCAAAACAUGUCUCAAAUUCUUAUUCCUAUGAAGGGUAG